AUGCUCUUCAUUUAUCUCUCACUUCUCCUUCUCUUUGCCUUACUCUUCAAGUUUAUCACUUCUGAUGGGGAUUUUACUUUGAUGUCCAAGAGGCAUGUCAAGCGUGAAGAAAUUGAAGAUAAGGUUGUUUGGAUUACUGGAGCCAGCCGUGGAAUAGGUGAGGUUCUUGCUAAACAAUUGGCAAGUUUAGGUGCCAAACUAAUUCUUUCAUCAAGGAAUGAAGCAGAAUUGGAGCGUGUUAAGAGCCAACUUACUGGUAAACAUGCGCCUGGUGAAGUGAAGAUUUUACCUUUGGAUUUGGCAUCUGGUGAAGAGUCUCUGAAGGAGGUUGCAGAGAAAGCAGAGUCCUUUUUCUCUGGUGCUGGUGUGGAUUAUGUGAUCCAUAAUGCAGCUUACGAACGGCCAGUAAGUGGUUCUGCUGUCUGGAUUGCAAAACUGAGGAUUGUGGAAAAUGAGAGGAAUGUAGAAGAUAAGAAAAGAAUGACUGACUUGAGAUGUGAGAAUGCUUGGUCACAAGUCCUGAAAUCAGCAGCUCUGGAUGUAGACGAGGAAAGUCUCAAGGUAUCAAAUCAUGGAAUUAGGCAUCCUGAUGAUGGUCUAGCUACAUUCAACAUCAAUGUCCUGGGGACAAUAUCCCUCACACGGGUAUUGGCGCCUUCUAUGCUGAGCCGGGGGAGGGGUCAUUUUGUUGUGAUGAGCAGUGCUGCUGGCAAGACGCCUACCCCGGGUCAGGCCGUAUACUCAGCUUCUAAAUUUGCACUAAAUGGAUACUUUCAUUCCUUGCGUUCUGAGUUUAUUGCCCUUAAUGCUGGAGAUAGCAGAGGAUACACUUUGAAAUACGUUUGCCUUGAUUUGACUAAUUGGAACCUAGAAGGUGGUUGGGCUAAUUGUGCCAAAAAACAAAAGAUGCUGGUUUCACUAGUUAAGUGGAUUGGAUUACUCUGUCAGAAAGGGAUUAAGGUGACCAUUGUUUGUCCUGGGCCAAUAGAAACAUCAAAUGGCUUUGGAUCGACAACCUCAGGAAAUAAGGGUUCUUCUCAGAGUAGAUUGUCCUCAGAAAGGUGUGCGGAACUGACAAUUAUUGCUGCAACUCAUGGUUUAAAGGAAGUUUGGAUAUCAGACCAGCCUGUGCUAGCUGUUCUGUAUUUGGUGCAGUACAUGCCAACUGUUGGGUAUUGGCUCAUGGACAAGAUUGGUGGAAAUCGAUUAGCAGCUGCUGCGCAAAAAGGCAAUACAUACUCAUUGAGCUUAUUGUUCGGGAAGAAGAAAGCAGCCUGA